UAGAAAAUAAAGCCUCAUUUAAGUUACUAGACAAAUCCAUUAAAUUUGAGUUUCCGUCUUACUGAUUGUGAGCAGUCCCUUCUUCAUUCUCUGUGAUCUCUCUUCCUCAGACAGUAAGACCCCCCAGAGGUGCUUAUUGAGUCCUGCUUACUGUUGUUGUACGGAAGAGAAACCGAAAGUUCUGGUUGGUCUGCUUUCGGUUCCAACUUCUGCUUUGGUGAGGCUGGUGUAGAAAACAGGAAGUCCAAAUCUCAGGGCUAAAGAUUGAAGGUCUGCUCACCACAGACUGGGCUGCUGAGGCAAGGGCGAGAUUGGUAAGGCCUGGGAGUGAAUGACAGAUACAGCAAUGAUUACUCCACAACACAGGAGACUGGAUUCCCUGUUACAACUCUAGUGCCAGAUAUUUUCAUUUACAGUUUUCUUACAGGAUUCAACUACCUACCCAAGCAAUAUGAAGGUUUUAUUUGUAGAACCUGCGAUUUUCCUUAGCGCAUUUGCUAUGAGUUUGACCACGCCACUGACAACACAAUAUGUUUAUAGGAGAAUAUGGGAAGAAACAAGCAACUACAGCAUUGCAUUUGACAGCAAUAUUUCUGAGUGUGAAAAAAACAAAAGCAGCCCCAUUUUUGUACUUCAGAAGGAAGUUCAGAAAAAAGUGUCUCUUUUUAGUCUGCAGAUGGACCUAAGUGGGUUGAUUCCUGGGGUAGUGUCCACGUUCUUACUUCUGUCGCACAGUGAUCACCAAGGACGGAAACUGCCUUUGGUCUUGUCGUCUGUGGGGGCUCUUGCCACCAGUGUGUGGCUCUGUUUGCUGGCCUAUUUUGCCUUGCCAUUCCAGCUUUUGAUUGCAUCUACCUUUAUUGGUGCCCUUUGUGGCAAUUCUACCACAUUUUGGGGAGCCUGCUUUGCCUAUAUAGUGGAUCAAUGUAAAGAAAAAAGACAGAAAACAAUUCGAAUCGCUAUCGUGGACUUCAUACUUGGACUUACUACUGGACUAUCAGGACUGUCUUCUGGCUAUUUUAUUAGAGAACUAGGUUUUGUGUGGUCAUUUCUAAUUGUUGUUCUAGCUCUUACUGUUAACUUGAUCUACAUUUUAUUUUUCCUUGGCACGCCCGUUAGAGAGACUCCAUCUCAGAAUGUUUCCAUGUCAUGUAGCGAAGCCUUUAAAAACCUCUUUUACAGAACUUACAUGCUUUUUAAAAACAUUUCUGGUAAGCGAAAGUUUUUGCUCUGUUUGUUACUUUUUACGAUGAUCACUUAUUUUCUCGUGAUAAUUGGCAUCUUCCCAGUUUUUAUCCUUUAUGAGUUGGACUCACCGCUCUGCUGGAAUGAAGUUUUUAUAGGUUACGGGUCAGCUUUGGGGAGUGUCUCUUUUGUGAGCAGUUUUCUAGGCAUAUGGAUUUUUUCUUACUGUAUGGAUGACAUCCAUAUGGCCUUCAUUGGACUUUUUACCACCUUGGGAGGGAUGAUUAUGACAGCUUUUGCCAAAACAACGCUGCUGAUGUUUUUAGUCAGGCUGCUGUUCAUUUUUAUGAUUGUGCCGCUCUCUGUUCUACGGUCCAUGUUGUCCAAAGUGGUUUGUUCUUCUGAACAAGGUACCCUGUUUGCUUGCAUUUCUGUCUUAGAGACACUGGGUGGAGUCCUUGCUGUUUCUGCUUUUAAUGGAAUUUACUCAGCCACUGUCGCUUGGUACUCCGGCUUCACUUUCCUGCUAUCGGCUGCUCUGUUGCUGAUUCCAGCCAUCAGUCUGUGUAUUGUCAAAUGCACCAACUGGAAUGAGGGGAGCUAUGUGCCUCUUGUACAAGAAGAAUCCGGGGAGGACGCUUCAGACAGAUGAUUGUGAUUUUAAAGAAACUGAAUGCACAUAUCAUAUGCUGUGACUUCUGAAGAAUGUAAACUAACUCUAUACUCAACGCCUUAUUAAUACACAUGUCCUCUCUUCUAGAAGCAACAGUCUGAGAAACAGCUCCUAGCUUUUGCUUUUCAUGGCACCAUGCACUUGGAGCACUUUGUGAAUAUCACAGUCAUGUAUAUCCAAUAGGGAGUCCUUGUGGCACAGUGGUUAAAGCACUUGGCUGCUAACCGAAAUGUUGACGGUUCAAACCCACCGGCCACUCCAAAGGAGAAAGA